CAGGUGGUUGUUUGAAGUCGAGCUGGGAUUCUGAGAUGCAUUAGCGUUUGGAGGCCUCCCUUUGACUUAAGGUAUGAUGUGAAUAUGCGUUGCUUGGCGGCUCGGGUCAACUAUAAGACUCUGAUCGUCAUCUGUGUCCUCUUCACCCUGGUCACGGUCCUGCUGUGGAACAGAUGCUCCAGCGACCGAACGGCACUGUUCUCCCGUGACGCAAACGGCGUCUUCCGAGCAGAGGGGCUGGAGAAGCGAGCCGCCGCCGCCUCGGAGAGCGACAACGAUGCGAACAGCCCGGCCAGGCAGCAGAGCGAAGAGGCCUCCCCCCAAGAGCAGCAGAAGGCUCCCCCCGUGGUCGGCGGCUUCAACGGGAAUAAAGUCCCGCCGGGGCUGAAGUACGAGGAGAUCGACUGCCUGGUCAACGAGGAGUACACCGUCAAGGGCCGGCGAGAGGGGGCCGAGGUCUUCCUGCCCUUCUCGUGGGUGGAGAAGUACUUUGAGGUCUACGGGAAGGUUGCCCAGUACGACGGCUACGACCGCUUUGAGUUCUCCCACAGCUACUCGAAGGUGUAUGCCCAGAGAGCCCCUUACCACCCGGAUGGGGUCUUCAUGUCCUUUGAGGGCUACAAUGUGGAGGUCCGGGACCGUGUGAAGUGCAUCAGUGGUGUGGAAGGCGUGCCGCUGUCCACCCAGUGGGGGCCCCAGGGCUACUUCUACCCCAUCCAGAUCGCCCAGUACGGACUCAGCCAUUACAGCAAGAACCUGACCGAGAAGCCCCCCCACGUGGAGGUGUACGAAACGGCCGAGGAGAGGGACCCAAGUGGCCGGCCAGGCGAGUGGACCAUCCCGAAAGGCUGCUCCGUCACCACGGUGCCCGACAAGUCCAGAUUCACCAGCGUCAAGCAGUUUGUGGCUCCAGAAAAUUCCGAGGGGGCAUCUCUGCAGCUCGGGAAUUCGAGGGACUUCAUCAUUUCCUUUGACCUCAAAUUCGUAACGAAUGGAAGCGUUUCGGUGGUUCUGGAGACGACCGAGAAGAACCAGCUCUUCACCGUGCACUACGUCACGAACUCUCAGCUGAUCGCCUUUAAGGAUAAAAGUGUCACCUACGGCAUCGGGCCCAGGACUAGCUGGACCACCCUCACGCGAGACCUGGUGACGGACCUCAGAAAGGGGGUGGGCCUCUCGAACACGAAAGCCGUCAAGCAGACCAAGAUCAUGCCCAAACGGGUGGUGAGGCUGGUGGUGAAGGGGAAGGGCUUCAUCGACAACGUCACCAUCUCCACCACGGCCCACAUGGCGGCUUUCUUCGCCGCUAGCGAUUGGCUGGUGAGGAACCAGGACGAAAAGGGCGGGUGGCCGAUCAUGGUGACGCGGAAACUGGGGGAGGGCUUUAAGUCUCUGGACCCGGGUUGGUACUCUGCCAUGUCACAAGGGCAGGCCAUCUCCACCCUGGUCAGAGCCUACCUGCUGACCAAGGACCACGCCUUCCUCAGCUCAGCUCUGCGGGCGACUGCACCUUACAAGCACUCGUCAGAGCAGCACGGCGUGAAGGCCGUCUUCAUGAACAGGCACGACUGGUACGAGGAGUACCCGACUUCACCCAGCUCCUUCGUCCUGAACGGAUUCGUGUACUCUCUGAUCGGACUGUAUGACUUAAAGGAGACCGCGGGGGAGAAGCUGGGGAGGGAGGCGAAGCUGCUGUACGACCGGGGCAUGGAGUCCCUCAAGGCGAUGCUCCCGCUCUACGACACGGGUUCCGGAACCAUCUACGACCUCCGCCACUUCAUGCUGGGCACGUCUCCCAACUUGGCCCGGUGGGACUACCACACCACCCACAUCAACCAGCUCCAGCUGCUCAGCACGAUAGACGAGUCCUCCAUAUUCAAGGAGUUUUUCAAGAGGUGGAAGAGUUACCUGAAAGGGGGCCGGGCCAAGCACAAUUGAGCAGAGCCCAGAGCCAAAGGGGGGGGCUUCCCCCCCACCACUCUGCUGGUGAA